GCGACGGCGGCACCAUGCGGAGCGGCGGCGGCGGCGGCCCGGACGGCAGGCCUGGACAUCACAGGCAACAGAAGGUCAAGAGGUCUCUGGGAAACAAAAGGUCUAAGCACUUUGAGGAGGUGGAAACUACUGUCCUAGGACUGAGCAGUAACUGCGAUGAGACAGGCAGCAGCGUGUCUUCCGCCUCACCACAGGGUCGAGUGAACGGAAGUGCAGAGUCCAGAAGCAAGCGGGCCAUUCGCAGGCCUGCUUACUGGUUGGAAACGAGAGGAGUAAAAGCCAGCAUUAACAAAUCUUCAGAAAAUAAAGGAGAAGUACUAUUGAAAGGCAAGAGGAAGUCUGAGCAAGGGGAAGGCGAAGAUCUUCCGGACUCUCCCAAGAAGAAGCAGAAGAUUUCGGGAAAAAACCAGCAAGCUGGAACGCAACAGAACUCCAGAGCGAAAGGCCCCUGUGUUCAGAAAGAACCAGAAACCUAUGGCCCAGGUAGUAUGGAAGAGCGGUGGUCUUUGGAAAUUCAGGACAAAGGCCGAGUUACCUGCCCAACAUGCCGGGCUGUGGUGAGGAAGACUGUAGAAGGACUGAAGAAACAUAUGGUAAAUUGCAGGCAGGAAAUGUUCACAUGUCAUCACUGUGGGAAGCAGCUGAAGUCUUUAGGAGGGAUGAAAUACCAUGUCAUGGCAGACCAUAACAAUCAGCCAGUUGUGAAGGAGGGAGGAGAACUGGAUGAGCAGCUUGAGCGAGACCGCCUUCGGAAGGUUUUGAAGCGUAUGGGAAAACUCAAGUGUACGAGGGAGGGCUGCACAGGCAGCUUCACGACCAUAAUGGGAUACCUGUAUCAUGUUAAAAAAUGUGGGAAGGCUGCUUCUGAGCUGGAGAAAAUGGCUAUGAAGUGCCAUCACUGUGGAAAAGCAUACAAAUCAAAGGCAGGACUUGUCUACCAUCUGCGAUCUAAGCAUGGGCCGGUCCCUUUCCUCCAUGAGGAGAGAAGAACAGAGAGCCUGAAGGAAAUCAAAGGUGAGCCAAACAACACGGGCAGAGUUCAGAGGAGAUCUGCAAAGGCGGCAAUCUACUAUCUCCAUGAGCUAGCUGGAGAAGAGCUGGCCAGAGAGUGGCCGAAGAGAAAAGUUCUGCAGGACUUGAUUCCAGAUGACCGGAAGCUGAAAUAUACUCGUCCCGGACUGCCCACCUUUAGUCAAGACGUGCUGUGCAAAUGGAAAACGGAGAUAAAGAUGUACCGAAGAGUCCACUGCCCAAAUCAGGGUUGUGAGUCUGUAUACGGCAGCGUCUCGGGACUCAAAUCUCACCUCGGCACGUGCACCUUGGGAGACUUUGUGGCUGGUAAAUACAAGUGUCUCCUGUGUGAGAAGGAGUUCGUUUCAGAGAGUGGGGUCAAGUAUCACAUCAACUCUGUGCAUGCUGAGGACUGGUUUGAUGUGAACACAACUACCACCAAAAGCUUUGAGAAGCUAAUGAAAAUCCGCCAGAGAGAAGAGCAGAGGAAGCAACGGAAGAAACGUCCUUUGACCCGGGGCAAAAAGAAGAGUACUGGGACCCUGGCUGCUAAGAAGCUCCCCGUUGCUGGAGUUGAAAAAACGAGAAGUAAGAGAGGUCGUCCCCGGCGGGUGGACAAUGAGAGCGUGAGCAGUGAGGAGGGGCAGCCACAAGUUUCACGGAGAGCCAAAUUUCCAAAAACCAGCCGCAAGCGAGGCCGGAGUAAAGCCCUAGAAGAAGAGCAGGAGCAAUCCUAAAGCUUCUCAGUGAGAAGCCCCACUUGUGUCACGCUCAUAACCCACAGCGCUAAUAUGAGCAACUGAAUGUCUUUGGGACUGUGACUCCGUUCUGCUCAGUGACCUUGAUUCUGAAACUGUUGCCUCUGGUCAGUUGUGGGAGACUUCAAACCAAAGCUGCGGUAGGGAGGCUGCCUCUCCUGGUGCAGUUCCCUUGGACGGUGGCACUAGCAGGGCAGCCGGUGUAGUUCCUGCUCUGGUUGCAGUCUCAGUUUGGCUCGCAUUAGUUGCUUGUUUAGUGGUUUCCAGUACAGCAGCUGUCUGUUUUGUCGUCUUCCUCUGAUGGGUGAGAUGAGGGUUCUUUUCUAGCAGUUCUCCCUGUAAGGGACUGGCUAGCGCACCGUUUAGGUCUCAGUAAGUGGGGAACCCUUUCUUGCACAGUACAUACACAAACGAAGCAGUGCUGUGCAGAACGGAAAGGCUUUAGCUUGCCCUGGCAGUGUCCUGGCUGCUGUCAGCGAGGCUGCCCCCGAAGAGCAAAGGCCUUCCUAGCGUGUGCUCCAGCCUGUUGCGCAAGGCACCUUCUCUCCUUCUGUCGCUGGUGUUUAGGCUCAGCACCAGACAGCAGCACGUGAGCUCUGGUCUGCUUGGAAGUAGUUACCCUCGUCAGGAAACCAAUAUUCCCCUGGCAUCUGUCUUCUGUAGCACUGGGCGUUGAAUGUAUGUCAGGGGUCUUCCAGUUCAAUGAGGAAUAAAUACUCUCCAACCUUUUGAAGAUUCACUGGCCCUUCAGAGACCCCCAGUAACUAAUGUAAUUAAGACGGUCUUCCUGGGCCCUCUGAAGACUGCUUCUUUCAGACUCACCUGGGAAACAAAACGUACUGCAAGAUGGCUCAUAUCUGCAGUAGCAGUCUUGCUGGUGCUGAAACCCAGGUUUCAUUGAACUGCCUUGCCAGUGUGUCGUUCCCUGUCAUGCCGUGUUCCCAUAGUGUCCUUUUUUUCUUGCACUGUAGGCGCCACGCCACCUUUGUUGUCUUCUAUCACCUGUUUCUUUUAAAUAUUGCUUCCUCGGUGUGAAUGAGGUUGGAUAGCAGUGGCUUCCCUGUGUGGAAGAGGGUAAAGGAAGAGGGUUCGUUCUUUUAAGUCACAGGUAUGACCUCUGCAUCGUAGGGGAUAUCCUCCUGUGCUCCAUAACUGCAGCAGAUGUCAUAGAAGCUAGUAGGAAGCUGCAGCACAGGCAGUACUACUCUGUUUUUCAAAGAAUGGGUUCUCCAGAAUUUCUGUUGUCCAAAAACCCACUGUACCAGGAAGUUGCAAAAUUUGACCUUUCCUUGCAGUUUUGCAGGCAAGAAACUAGGUAGUUGGCUGUGUGUUGCCUCCCUGUGAAUUUUCACUGUCUAUCAACGCUGUUGAUGCUUAAAUGCACAGGGAAGCCACCACAGUUCCUGGUGAACAGGCAGGUUUAUACAUGUGUGUUACCACCAGAAUAACCAUGUUGGCCCUGACAGUGGGAAGUGCCGUAUGGGCAGGGUGUUCUCCAGAACCACCUCUGCCAGGUAAGAAGCAAUGCAGACCCCAGCUGAGCAUGGUCUGUCUCUCGUGGGGAAUAACACCUGUAUGGCAGCAAGGCAGCGUGCAGUACUCCAUUGUGAUUGACAUGCGACAGUUACGCUGUCCUUUGGAACCAGCUGUCGCUGUGGCUGCGGUGCUGUGCUGGAACUAUAAAUAUGUGGACUUCUGUGCAAGGUGUGUAAGGUUUACAGUAAGACGGGCAAGACCAGAAGACGACAAAAUAAAAUGUCACCAGUGCGAGAA